CGCCAUCUUGAAGAAGGACAUCCUAGCUUACAACAAGAUAACGAGAUAUAAGAUGCUGACCAUGUGGCACUCGCGUGGCUUUUGUCAGAUGUGCUUGUUCAUUCCCUCUCCAACUUAUCCUCCUUGAGACCAUCCUCUUUCGGAAGGAAAUUUUCAUCGGCACCUUGACAGAUUGGAUUACGCCGAUAAAGAAUUAGAUCGCAAUGCGGCUUCUUAAUACUGAAACCCUCCAGCUCAGCAACGACAGUGCUCAUCCCGCGACACAUCAGUAUGCGAUUCUUUCACAUCGAUGGCAGCAGCCCGAGGUCACAUUUGCAGAGCUGAACGGCGAUCCGAAUUAUCUCAAGAACGACGCCUUGCAAACUCCUUCGGCCAAGAAGAUCAGACAAGCUUGCCAAGUAGCCCGACACCGUGAUCCGCCUGUAGAAUGGAUCUGGAUCGACACGUGCUGUAUUGACAAAUCCAACGCCGUCGAGGAAGGAAGAUGCAUCAACUCCAUGAUGGAGUGGUACAGCAAAUCAUCAGUCUGCAUCACUUUCCUCUACGAUGUAGAUGGCUUGUCCACGAACCACCCGAGAUCGGAGUGGUUUGAUCGUGGUUGGUGCUUGCAGGAAUUGGUCGCGCCGCGAUAUAUGGAAUUUUUCGGACGGAAUUGGAAUUUCAUCGGCGUCAAACAUCAAUUAGCCAACGAGCUCCAGCAUUGGUCAGGUAUCGAAACGAAGUACCUCACCGGACAGGCUCAUUUCAGCGAUGCGAGCGUCGCAACGCGGAUGAGUUGGAUGGCGGGCAGAACAACCACUGUCGUUGAGGACAUCGCAUACAGUCUGCUCGGCCUGCUCGGUGUAUACCUCGCUCCUCAGUACGGUGAGGGGGUCCAAGCCUUUGCACGACUGCAGAAGACUCUACUGGAGACGUCACUCGACGAGUCAUUAUUCGCGUGGACAAUCCCCCAGCACGGCCUCCAAUGCUACCGUAGCCUCGGCAGCUCCAUCGCCUGGGCGCCCAAAGAAUGGGGCCUCCUCGCGCCCUCCCCGGACUGUUUCGCGCAAUCCGCAGGAAUCGUCGUCGAUCCUUCAAAAGUCGUCUCCCGCCCCUUCGGCGGCAUCGGAUUGACCGCCCGCGGCGUCCUCAUCAAUUCCCCACUCAAAGGCCAUACGGAUGUCAUGAAUUUCCUCGGUCGGCCGCGCAGUCAUAUCAUUCUCAUCCUGAACUGCUGGGCGAGCUUUGAUCGUAAGGCGCCGACUAUGCAUAUCGAGCUGGUGAAGCGCGAGGAUGAGUAUGUGAGGGUCCAUUGCGAGGAGCUGCUGCAGAAGGUCGGUGCCAGGGUGCCGGCGAAUCAGACCAUGGGCGUGGAGAUUCCGAUCCCUUAUCAACUCACGGUGUUUCAGCCGACUUUCAAUCUAAGAUAGAAGCUGAAUUGACGUGCUUGCCGUACCGCAUGAGCAAACAUAAUUCUGCAUAUACUUUCAUCAUAGAGUAACAAUCCGACUGAGCGAAACAUUGGGCGCUGAUGCGAGGUGGCAGGAAAUUUCACUGGAUGUGAGGGAUUCGGAAUAUCGAACUCUCAUUUUGCGUGGAAAUUGAACAUCUUCU